AUGGGCAGAAUCUUCCUUGAUCAUAUCGGCGGUACCCGUCUGUUUUUUUGUGCAAACUGUGAUACGAUCCUCACCAACUGCUCAGAACUCAUCUCUACUCGGUUCACAGGCGCCACCGGUAGAGCAUUUCUUUUUAACAAGGUAGUUAACUUGCAGUACAGUGAAGUUCAAUAUCGGGUCAUGCUCACUGGCCGCCACAUGGUUCGAGAUGUGAGCUGCAAAAUCUGCAAUAGUAAACUGGGAUGGAUCUAUGAGUUUGCUACUGAAGACAGCCAGCAUUAUAAGGAAGGCCGUGUGAUCCUGGAGCAUGCACUAGUUAGAGAGUGA